CCCUCCCUGUACCAGUGCCGCGCUGCAGCCGCAUCCCAGAUUGAGCAUCCCUGCCUUGGAGCUAGAGGGAGCACCAUCGCAUCCUUCGGAGCCACAGUGCCGUUACCGGUGCCUCUCAGCUCGAAGAAAGGCAGCGACGAAGCCGUUUGGAGCAGCUUCAUUCCCACGGGUCCUAAGAACUAUAUAAAGAAUUUUUUAUUUAAAGAUGAAAUAAAUACGUAUAUUUUGUAUUUCAUUUCUAACAGCAUCACAACAUUCGCAAUCUCAAAAUGGCUGAGAUAACCAAUUUGAGACCGACGUAUGAUGUGUCUCCCGUGCUGGCAGGCUUCAUUGGGGCCGGCGUCCUGGUGGCGGUGGUGGCCGGUGCCAUCUUCCUGUGGACCUUCUGCCAUCGGCGCUACCGGCGCCUGGCCGGCAGCUACAAGAUCCACGGCGGCCAUUCGGACACCUGCGAUGCCGCACCCGACCCCCCCUACAAGUUCAUCCACAUGCUCAAGGGCAUCAGCAUCUACCCAGAGUCACUUAGCAACAGCAAGAAAAUAGUGCGGGUGGGCCGACGCCCCGGAGGCCGGGGGGAGCGGGCCGGGGAAUGGGGGCGGCCCGGCAGCACCCACGGGGGUAACGGUAACGUGCUCCUGGUGGACGCAGCCGAGAGCGGCCUGCUCGAUGGCGCCGCCCUGCAGAUGAACCGACUGGUCCCCAGCGAACAGCCCCGGCUGGAGAGGGAACUGCCCAUCCGGGCCGACUACUGCAGCCUAGAUAGCAGCAGCUCAGCCAGCAGCAGCUCGGCCAGCAGCAAGACGGCCACGCCCUUCACGCCGGCGGAGGAGCCCAAACUGGGCACGCUCAGUCUGGUCGUGGACUAUAACUUCCCCAAGAAGGCGCUGGUGGUCACCAUCCAAGAAGCGCGUGGGCUCCCUCCGGUAGACGAGCAGGCGGGCAACGCCGACCCCUACGUCAAGAUGACCAUCCUGCCCGAGAAGAAGCACCGCGUCAAGACCCGUGUGCUGCGCAAGACCCUGGAUCCCGUCUUCGACGAGACGUUCACCUUCUACGGCGUGCCCUACAGCGGCCUCUCUGAGCUGGUGCUGCACUUCCUGGUGCUCAGCUUUGACCGCUUCUCCCGUGACGACGUCAUCGGCGAGGCUGUGGUGCCCCUGGCUGGCGUGGACCCCAGCACCGGGCGUGUGCAGCUCACCCAGCAGAUCUGCAAGAGGAACAUACAGUGUGUGAGCCGUGGGGAGCUGCUGGUGUCCCUGUCCUACCAGCCCGUCACCCACAGGCUCAGCGUCGUGGUGCUGAAGGCCAAGCAUCUGCCCAAGAUGGACAUCACAGGCCUGUCUGGCAACCCGUAUGUGAAGGUGAACAUCUUUUACGGCCGUAAGCGCAUCGCCAAAAAGAAGACUCACGUCAAGAAGUGCACGCUCAACCCCAUUUUCAACGAGUCUUUCAUUUACGACGUGCCCGCUGAGCUGCUGCCCGACAUCUCAGUGGAGUUCCUGGUCGUCGACUUCGACCGCACCACCAAGAACGAGGUGGUGGGCCGCCUGGUGCUGGGUUCACACAGCCCCUGUUCCUCUGGCGCCCUCCACUGGCGGGAGGUCUGCGAAAACCCCCGUCGGCAGAUCGCCAAGUGGCACAACCUCACUGAAUACUAGUGUAAGCCCAUCCCCCACACGCACACUCACAUACAAAAGCUCAACUUUCAGAGAAAUAUUUUUUUCUCACCUUACAAUCUUAUUUUAAAACAUUCAUAUGGGAAAAAAAAAACCUUUACGGGACUUGUACAGUGAACUGUUCUUUGUGCCGUUAAUAAUGAUUAUGCGAUUCAGUUAAAUUAUUGCGGAAAUUUUGUUCAAAGAAAAAAAUGAAUAUACUCAAAUUGUGCAAAAAAUAUUGGGGGAAAAUUAAGCCGAUUGAAUGUGAAUAACCAAAAUACACAGUGCUGUGUUUGUGUUUGUUCUUUAUGAGGUUAAAUGUUCGCGGCAAGAUGGAAGGAAUUAGCCCCCCCACACACACACAAACUGUCACACAAUAGUUCACACAAAAAGACUGCAACCUCUCAGAAUUCAUGCCCUCCUUUCUCGCUCAGUUCCUCUUCCGCAGGUUGUAUGUUGGUGGUAUAUGCGGUCAAAUUAUUGCAUGUCUUAAUAAUUAAGAAAACAAUGGCACAAGUGCAUAUAGCUGGAACUAAACCAAACCCAUUAUUGAAGUGUCCAGUUAUUUUUAAGGGAUAUUCAAACUGGUCACAUUAAUAAAAUAAGUUAAAAAAAUAGAUCUGAAACACAAAUCCUUCUAGAGCAAUACAGUCUGUGAGAACGGUACUGGGUUUCUUGGAAAAAAGUACAUCUCCAAAUCGGAAAAAUACUGUUAUUCACAUGAUGAUGAUGAUGAUGAUGAUGAUGAUGAUGACGAUGAUGGUGACAUUUCAUUUUUUUGUUUUUUGGGGGUGGCACUGUGCCUCCCCGACUAUGACUGAUAUAAUUUGACGAUACCGUAAAUGUUUUAGGGCAUUGUGCACACAGCAGACUUCAUGUUUCCAUGUUUACGCACAAAACCCAUGUGAACGGAUGAGACUCCAGUCUACAGGUUUAAACCGGAGAUAUUCUGAUAUAGGUAGCGCAUGAAAAUAGAACGAAAUGUAUGUGUGCAAUAGGUUGUAAUUAAACUUUAACCUGUACGUUUCCCUUAUUUAUUUGCUUUUUGUUUUAAUUGCUUAGUGAAUCCUUGGCUGCGAUGUCCGUGUGGCUCACUCCUUUGAACUGAAAACUGAUGAGCUUACCUCCCAGACUGAAUUUGAGCAUUACCAAUUUAAACGUCUAUUUUCAAGCAAUAUCGACUUACUUGGAUUUAAGUUAUCCUAGCUUUGAAAGAAAAAUGCCUAUUAUACCAUUUACCCUAGUAAUUACUAUAUCAGUUUGUCUGCUAUUCAUAAUCAAAUCCAAAUACCUAUUGCCAGUUAAUUUUAAAUAAGUAAUGUUUGUAUACAUGGUUUGCAUUUUACAUCUUUAUCGCUUUGCAUUCACAUAAACCCUAACCCUAAUCCUAACCCUAACCCCCUAUGUGAACCCUCCCAAUGCCCACAUUUAUCGUGUCACCCAUGUAAAGAAACGUCUAUCUUUGUGUCCAAAUGACACUUGCAGAAACACUUUGAAGGAUGGUGGGGGUUGGUCAGCGCGUUGACCAAGCCUCCCUUGGUCCCUCAACCGUUCUCAGUGUGCUUCGCUACCUGCGUUGCAUUUAUUACUCUUAUUCAUACAAAGUGAUUUCUGAGCCAAAGUUGCCUUGGAAAGCUUUGAACUGUUCUACUCUAAAGCAGCUGAGUUGGAUCAGUGAGCCUAUCCUCUCAACUGAUGUAAACCGUAACAUGUAUGAAUCACAACUUAAAUAACUAUGAUUAUUAUCAGCACAAACAAACAAGGAUGGACUAUCGGUGCACUGGUCUGGAGCCCUGUCACUCUCUGCAGCGGGGAUACUGUAAUGAAACAGGUUUUGGGUGACUUGCCAAUCCAUGCGAGUCUGACUUCCCGGUAACUCGUCUUGCGAUGCGGCAACUUGCCCAGGUAUUGCGUCCGGUUUCAUUACAGCCAUCCAUUGGUGAUUCGGGAAAAUUGAGCUGAAUUUAGCAUUUGUGCUGUUAGUGAAUUACUGCAGAUGGGUAAAUUGGACACAGGCUACAAAGCAUCAAGAGUCAAACAUUAAUGCAAAGCUAAGGUAGAUAUAUGCAGUCAAAGCCUUCGAAGGUUCGAAAUCCGAUGCUGGUGCAGCACCCAUGUAAACUGUGUAGAGUAUGAACACUAACUAGAACAACAGUAAAUUGUUUGAAAUGUACUUUGUAUGAAAAUUGAGGAUUUGUUCUGGACAUUGGACUUUGGCACCUAAAGAUACUAGUCACUUGCUAGAGAGUGUGUUGCCUUUGGAAUAUUUAUAAUAUCUCUAAGAAUUCGUCUGGAGAUGCGGAAAGGCAGACUUGUGUUGCUGUUUUCUUCAGUAAGAGUGUAUAGGGUAAGUUUUUAAACGUGGUUGUCCCCUGUGUGUUUUUCUGGCGGAGAGUGUUUUUGUCUAUUUUACUGCUCUUAAGAAAAGAGGGGCAGGAUAUAUAUAUAUAUAUAUUGUAAUAUAGGAUGCUGAGAUUUUACUUUCCUUUUUUUCUAAUGAAGGUGUAUAUCAAGUAUGUACAACAAUUUGGUAACAUGGAAAACACCGGUUUUGUUUUCUUGUAGCAUUUUCAUACAAGUUUUUUUUUCAGUUUAGUUUUUUUGUACCGUUUGUAACAUGUCAAACCCCCCACCCACCCCCCACAUCACCUUCGAGGAAAUCUUUAAAAAAAAAAAAAAAAAAAAAAAAAAACGUCGUACCCAUGAAAUAUUUCAUGGCUCAUUGGCUAUAUUUUUGCAGUAUUUGAAUUUAUAUUCUUUGUAGAAAAAAACCGCAAUACUUCCCUUUCGUUAUUAAGAACAGAUUAAGAACAUAUUAAGAACGUCUUCUUUGGUUGUUAAGAUGCUAACUUCUCAUGACUCCUGGAAUUAGUUAAUCCGUCCUUCAUGGUGGAACACAUUCACCAGUAACUAACAUGACAGUGUGUUGUGCCAGGGAGAGGUGAUCACAGCAGUGAUACUUGAGAAAAACAAUAUGUUGCCAGUUUGGAGUUCAGAUUUUGUAUAACAGCUCUGGUCUCUUUGACAUGCUGUCUGUUCCCACAGCCGUCAUAUCUCAUGUACCCAGACGCCACCUUAAUCAUUUUCACACCAUUAUUCCAAUUUGGCGCCGCUUUCAAACAGACCCUCGCAGCACAAUUGCUAACAGGACUCCGUGGGUUUCAUUGCGAAAUGAACUUAAUUGACAGACGUGUGUAUUCAGCUGUAAAUUGGUUUGGUGCGACGUGAAAAUCUCACCAGAGACACUUCAUUUUUCAGACAUUGAGGAAAUUAUCAGUGACAGCCUUUGCGGAUGCCUGACAGGGAACCAAAAUCCCACUGGACGGUAAAGUGCUUUGAGAAAUACAGUUUUUAUGUCAUUACCUUGCUGGUGGGGGGGGGGGGGGGCACGCAAGAGUUGAAGGUGCAUCUGCACUCUGAUUGGGGGCAGCAGUGUUUGCACUGGGACAUGAUGGGAUUGCAGAGAGAUUUCAAGGAGAAAGAGGCGCCUUGGCUCAGCGUAGCGCCAGAUGGACACGGCGCAGGUGGACGCACACCGCCGCUCCACGGACGUCGCAAGCUGCUGUUUUUCCUUCGCCAUUCCUCCGCUUCUUCUUUUUCAUCCCUCCGCUCCAUUUUCUAAUCCCCGCCUGAAUCGCCAGCUUUAGGGCUCUCUCCACAAGCCGCCUCUCAGCCGGGCCGGGUACGCGGGGAAUAACAUUCGCCGUUAGUUUGAAUUUCUAACCUGCAGAGCUUCUCCCAGCUGACACUAUCCAAGCUCCUAAAAACAGUCAUAUGGUGAAUACUAACAAGUGAAGUGAAGGGUUUCUAUGCAUAUCCCUGAUACAUAUUUGUGCAGAUUUUAUACUCAAUAACAGCACAAGGCUGCUCCUGUUUGAAAAUCUGUCUUAUUAAAAUUGAAUAAAGGCGUGUCUGUGUACUUACAGUGCAGUUUUCCUGCCUACAGCCUGGAAUAACUGCCGUUCCCUAAUAUGAAUCCUUGCACUGUAGAAAACAUCCAUCCAUCCAUCCAUCCAUUUUUCAAACCGCUUUUCCUACUGGGUCGCGGGGCUGUAGAAAACAAAUGAAAAAAAAAUAUUUUUUUGUUCCUCCUUGUACCCUUACAUAUUUUUUCACCUGCUUUUAUUUAUUUGACAUUAGUCCCUAUAUCUGCCCUCUAUCCCAUUUCACUCCCCUACUCUAGAUUUCUCUCAUCACACUAUAGUUGUCUAUAGAUCACGGAAUAGAUCACAAUAAAAUGUAAAUUAGCUGUAUUAAUAGUUGCAACAAACGCUGGACUGGUCUCAAUGAUAAUUCAAGCUAAAUAACGUUUAUGUGGACAAACAGAGUAACCAAGUAACAAACUAUGUUUAAACUGUAUGCCAUAAUAUAUUACACUGACUUGUAUGUUGAAUUUGUUAACGCAUAUUGAGCGUGCAAAUAAAGUCUGACACUCCUUCA